GUGUUUAUUAUACAUUGUUGCCAAGGGGCUAUAUAUUAAUAAUUAGUUUAAUAAAAUUUUAUCUUGGUUUUAAUUUGUUGGCAACAGUAUAAAAGAAAAAUAAUUUUAACCCGAAUUUAAAUAUGAAAGAGAGAGACAGUAUACUAAAGAAGAAUAAUAUACGUAUAAUAAGAAACACAUUAAAGAAUAAUACACCUAUAACAAUAAUACUAUUACUGACGAUACACAGUUUAUAUGCAAAGAUAGAAACAAGAGACGCUAGAAUUAUACAGAAAAUGAAACUAGGAGAUAAAGACAGCCUAGUAGCAAUACACCCACAAGGUGGGCUUUCUCCAUUCUAUCAGUGUAUUAUGGAGAGAAGUGGAUAUAUAAAGAACUUACGGGGAUAUCUACAUGCCAUAGAUGGGAGUGGAGACCAAGUUGGAGGGUAUGGGUCUACUAUACUCAAAGAGUCUAGUGAAUACAUGCAGGCAUUCACACAGCAGCUGAUUAAUAUGUUU